AUGUCUUCUGCCCAGCAGAGAAGCGUUGAAGACCUCUUCCGCUCCCUGGAGCGCUCCCAGGAGCAGUACCUCAAGAACCUCAAAGCCUUGCACGACGCCACCAAUGGCCACCGUGGGCAUGUUGCGCCCGGCAGCCAGCGCAUGGAAAGGACGGGGAGUAACGACAGAUCACCCCAGUCUCCAAGCCUGAGGGCUGUUCCAAGCACCGGGGAUACAACGCCUGUGCCGCUCUCAAGAGCAACCUUUCCCUCUGAGACACCCUCCUUGCAACUCAGUCCCGGCGACAGACGGCCCCGCCGGCUUACCAACGAGCUGGCAGACCGGAGGCACUUUUCCAAUCUGACGAGCGAGGUGCUUGACGGGGCAGGGUGGGAGAGCGACGAUGAUUCCAGCAGCUUCACGCCGCUGCCUCUGCUGCCGGCCACCGGGGCCCGGAGUGCAUCUCUCCCCGUGGAGUCAGCAUGGUGGCCGCGCGUCCAGAAGCCCUUGAAACAGAGCUCAUACACACGACCCGACCUUGUCCGCCAUCUUAAAAGCAUCACGGAUGACAAAGAGGCAACCGUCGCCGUGCUCGGGGAUGUAAUUCGACAGUGCGAGGCGUCGACGCUAUUUGGCAGCGACACGGAUUGCUUGGCAGCCGACAAUGUGGCUUCAACCUAUGAGGUCUAUGAUAUCGACAGGAACGGACAGUCUACCACCGUUCAUGAUGACCGAGGAACUGCAGAGGACGAAGUGCUCGACCCAGCCACCGUAUGGGAUACCAUCAAGGAUGUCAACCUCGACGACAAGACUGUAGGGCGUGUCACGGUUUUCCAGGAGCCCUCGCCAGCCAUUCUUGCAGGCAUACACCUAGCAAUGAGCAAGCAUUUCGACAUGGACGAGCUCUUCUCGCACCUGGUGUCCCCACAGGGAAACCAGGGUAAAACCACUGCGUAUAUGCACAGAGCAGCUGAAGCGAAUCCUAUACAUCAGAGCACCUUCUUCAUCGUCUUCAAAUAUUACACGGUCGUGGGAGAGGGCCUCACUCCGGCCCCAUGGCAGCAGUAUGACCACCGCCCUGCAGACAAGAAGGCCCCAGAUCACAUCAACAUCACCGAGUGUAGCUCCAUUCUCGCCCUUUCGUUGGAGGGUGACCCUGUUAGUAAGGUGCCACUGCGAAGGGGGCGCAGAAAGGGCUCCAAGGUCGGGGCCGUCUACGACACCUUUGCUCCGUACCAUCUGCUUAAUAUCCAGUGCUUUCCAGAUCAUAUCCAUGCAGAAAACGAGUCCAUUAGGAAGCCUUGCUACUACAACGGGCCUUAUGUGUUCCUCAACCGCCUGGUCGCCGAGUACAAGGACGCUACGAAAAGAUAUCUGCAGCUCAAUGAUCGGAUCGAAAAGCUGAUCACUCCUCCGAACCAAUUCAUGUUCGACGUGAAGCUCCGAGACAAGCUCCUAUUCGAGGACGCCGAUUUCACAUUUAGCCGACGAUACUUUUGGGCCUACAAUUCUCUUGGUGUCAUCAACGACGGCAUCAAGUCGAUGAUCAACGCCUACACAGACACCUUCACACCAGAGUUCUGGGCGGGUCGCGACCGGACGCUGUGGCCGCACCCGGACCCAGACAGCACCGAGGGCAGGAACUACUUGGCGCAGCUGGGCACGCUUCGCCAGGAGCUGGAGCAGGUCAUAGAGGACCUGAAGCAGGUCUUCAAGGCUAAUGAGCUGGUCAGGCAGGAGAUUGUCAGCCUGCGGGAGCAGCUCUUCAGCGGGAGCUCGGUCAAGGAGAGCCGGAGGGCCAUCGAGCAGGGCGACAACAUCAAGAUACUUACCGGUGUGUCGAUGUUGUUUCUGCCUUUGACUUUUGUCACAUCUGUCUUCGGCAUCACCGAGUUUACGAUCUCAGCAGACGACUGGCGGUUCCCAGUGACUAUGGUCGGAGUCUGCGUCCCCUUCUUCCUACUGAUAUUCGUUCUGCAAACGCGCGCUGGCAUGCGUGCAGUCCGUCGAAUUGGCGACCUCAUCGAGGGUCAAAUGGGCCGGUGGAGCGAUGGCUCGCCCAGCCGCCAUGAGAGGAGGCUCCAGCUCCAGCAGCAGCUCUUACAGGCAGCCGAGUCUCAGGCCGCUGUCCUUGGCGGGAGGAGGCGGAUGAGCCUCAGAAGGGGUACAAGGCGGCGAAAGACCAGCAUCGCCGCCGGGCCUCCGACGAGUGGAGUCGUCAAUGGCCUUUCCAUGCCGGCUCAGCAAAGGGCAAAGUGGUGGGUGCGGUUGAGAAGGAAGGAGCAGAAUGGCCUCAUUGUAUAA